AUGAUACCUGCAAUAGUGGGCUGGAUAACAUACGCGAUAUCAUGCGUGAUGCUUCGAAGGCCAAAAGCCGAGAUAUGGGUCGAGAAGCUAAAGAUACCUCGUUUUUACCCUCCGAACUGGCUCGUUUUAACUAUAUGGACCAUGCUGUGUUUUGGUAUUGGAUACGCAUCUUAUAUGGUAUAUAUCGCGUGUGGAGGAUUCACUAGUGAAGCUGGUCUUCCACUGUCCUUAUACGGAAGUCAGCUCCUGGUGCUCUGGACAUGGUCACUGGGUUUCUUCUACUUUGUCAUAUUGGACAUAACUGCGGUGGCGUGUACGUCGACCUUUUUUCACGUCGAUAUAUACACAAUGUACGCAAUGGUGCCGUAUUUAGCAUUUCUUGGUUUUAUGUCUCUGAUGUUCUACAGGGCUUGGAAGCUCAACCACGUUAUUGAGAAUGAAGUCAAGGAACAACCUGUUAAUACAUCACCUUAUAUCACACAUAAAUACGUCGAGUAUGGCUUGCCUGUAUCACAGAGCAAGUUUUAA